CAUCUGCGCGCUUGUCUUUCUCUUUCUUUCUUUCUUUCUUUACCUCCGGCAAUGUCGUUUCCUUUGCGGCGUCGCUCUACGCUGGCUCUCCUCUUCUUCCUCAUAUCUCUCUCAUUUGCAUCGGCGGAUGACCCUGAACGAGAGUUCUGCAACCAUUCUUAUGAAUUUGUCAAGGUCAAGAACUGGAUUGAUGGUGUUGAAGACAAAGAUAUAGUUGGGUUAACUGCAAGAUUUGGGGCAAUACCGCCUGCUCAUGCUGACAAAAGUCUAAGAUUUCCUGCUGUUCUUUCGAAUCCGUUAAACUGCUGUUCUAAUUCAUCUGCAAAGCUGUCUGGCUCUGUGGCUUUGUCAGAGCGUGGUGGUUGUACAUUCACAACUAAAGCAGAAGUUGCCCAGUUAGGAGGUGCUAAAGCCUUGCUGGUGAUCAAUGACAAAGAAGAACUUGACAAGAUGGCUUGUUCAUAUAAUAAUACCUCUCUGAUUAUUUCAAUUCCUACUGUGAUGAUUCCAAAGUCGGCAGGAGAUGUACUUAAAUCUGUAAUGGAGAAACAUGUGGAAAUUUUGUUGUAUGCACCAAAAAGUCCAAUUGUUGAUGGCGGGGUAGUAUUUUUGUGGCUAAUGGCUGUUGGAACAAUACUCACUGCCUCACUUUCUCAAGAGUUUGGUGGUUCUGAGCCGUCUAACCACAAUGAAUUAUCACCAAAGCACUCUUCUGGUACUGGAACAGCCAAAGAUGAUUCUGACCAGGAAGUCCUUGAUAUUACAGCUAAGGGUGCUAUAUUCUUUGUCUUACUAGCAUCAACUAUGCUGGUGCUACUCUUUUUUUUCAUGUCAAGUUGGUUUGUCUGGGUUCUUAUCGUCCUCUUCUGUCUAGGUGGUGUUCAGGGGAUGCAUAACUGUAUAAUGAUGCUUGUAUCAAGAACAUGCAGAAACUGUUCACAGAAGAUGUUGAAUUUGCCUGUCUUCGGGGAGGUUUCUGUUGUCUCAAUUGUAGUUGCAUUACUCUGUCUGUUAUUUGCCAUUAUCUGGGCUGUAGAACGACAAGCAUCAUAUUCAUGGAUUGGCCAAGAUAUUCUUGGCAUCUGUUUGAUGAUAACAGUGUUGCAGAUGGCUCGACUACCAAACAUCAUGGUUGCCACAGUACUUCUUUGUUGCGCAUUUGUUUACGACAUCUUCUGGGUCUUCUUGUCACCUUUAAUAUUCCAUCAGAGUGUGAUGAUUGCAGUUGCUCGAGGUGACAAUAGUGGUGGAGAAUCUAUUCCCAUGCUCUUGAGAGUCCCAAGAAUUUUUGACCCUUGGGGUGGCAAUAAUAUGGUCGGAUUUGGAGACGUUCUCUUUCCUGGUUUGCUUAUAACAUUUGCUUUCAGAUUUGAUAAAGAAAAAAAGAAGACUCUUGCAAGUGGAUAUUUUCUUUGGUUGAUAACUGGCUAUGGACUUGGCCUCUGUUUCACAUACCUAGGUUUAUAUCUAAUGGAUGGGCAUGGUCAGCCUGCACUCCUCUAUCUUGUUCCUUGUACAUUAGGAGUUGCGGUCGUAUUAGGUUUGGUGAGGGGUGAGCUGAAAGACCUUUGGAGUCACAGCAGCAAGUCACCUGAUAUGAAGAAUCCGACCACAGAUGCUUGAAGCAACAUUUGAUUCUUGAUCCAAAAUCUCAAAUAGUCUUCUCAAUCUGCAGCAGCUAAAUUGUGUAAAAGAGUUUGGUUCCAAAUUGUGGAAAUUUUUGAGAGGCAAUCUAUCCCGGUAUUCUUUUUCCUCUAUCAUAUCUACUGUAACAUACAUCGAAAUGUAGCACCAAUAGAAAGCAAAGGCUUCU